CUGGUGUUGCUGCAGUUUUCUUGUGAGGAGAUGUCUGGACGAGGAAAGCAGGGAGGAAAAGCACGCGCCAAGGCUAAGUCUCGCUCAUCUAGAGCAGGCUUGCAGUUUCCCGUAGGUCGGAUCCACCGUCUACUUCGUAAGGGAAACUAUGCUGAGCGGAUAGGGGCAGGCGCGCCAGUGUACUUGGCAGCAGUGUUAGAGUACCUGACAGCGGAAAUCCUGGAACUGGCUGGCAAUGCGUCUCGCGAUAACAAGAAAACUCGUAUUAUUCCUCGCCACCUGCAGCUAGCUAUCCGCAAUGAUGAGGAACUUAAUAAGCUUCUGGGCGGCGUGACCAUUGCCCAGGGUGGGGUCCUGCCUAACAUUCAAGCAGUGCUGCUGCCCAAGAAGACUGAGAGUCACCACCAUAAAGCCCAAAGCAAGUAACUUCAGGUUGUCAUUGAUAAAUGACUUCUAAGUGUCA